CCCAUCAUUAUGUAUUCGUGUUGUACUUCUUUGAUGCAAAAUUCAGACACCCAUCUGAAAAAUAUAUCAGAAAAACUCUCAAAAGAAAUAUAUAAGGACAGGCCCCAGUUCACCAUGGGAUCGCUCUUGCUUUCGUCCGCUGUUAUCUUACUUCUCAUAUCCCUUUUCGUCUCAACCCCUUUUGUUCUACUUCUGCUUGGAGCAUUGACUUCGGUUCUGGUAAUAUUUGUAGCUUUAUUCUUAUUCCUCCAUGUUCCAGAAUUAAAAUCCAAGGCCAAACGCCCUCCCAUAGCUGGUUCAAUGCUACACCAGCUCCUAUACUUCAAUACACUUUCUGAUUACCAAACAUCCCUAGCUAAGAAGCAUCGCACUUACCGACUGAUUAUGCCAUUGCACAGUGAGAUUUAUACUACUGAUCCAGCUAAUGUCGAAUAUAUACUAAAAACCAACUUCCCUAAUUAUGGAAGGGGUGCCCAUAUUGAGAUAAUGAGAGAUCUGUUUGGUGAUGGUAUCUUUGCUGUAGAUGGAGAGAAAUGGCGUCAUCAACGGAAGCUUGCAAGCUAUGAAUUUUCAACUAGAGUGUUGAGAGAAUAUAGUACUGCUGUAUUUCGGGAUAAUGCUGCAAAAUUGGUUGCAAAAGUUUCCACUAUAGCUGUAGCUAACGGUGCUAUGGAUUUGCAGGAUUUGUUUAUGAAAUCAGCUUUAGAUUCAAUCUUCAAGGUGGGUUUUGGAGUCGAGUUAAAUGCAUUAAGUGGCUCUGAUGAGUUCGCAAACCGAUUCACCAAGGCUUUCGAUGACUCCAAUUUUAUCGUGUUUCGAAGAUAUGUUGAUAUGUUUUGGAAAGUUAAAAGGUUCUUCAAUAUAGGAUUAGAAGCUGCUCUUAAGAGAAAUGUCAAAAUCAUUGAUGACUUCAUUUUCGAUUUGAUUCGGUGCAAGAGAGAGCAGAUGGAAAAUGAAAAGCUUGUGAGAGAGAAGGAAGACAUACUGUCAAGGUUCUUGAUGGAAAGCAAGAGAGACCCUGAAAACAUGAAUGAUCAAUACUUGAGAGAUAUAAUUCUCAACUUCAUGAUAGCGGGCAAAGAUACAUCAGCAGGAACACUCACUUGGUUCUUUUACAUGCUUCACAAACAUCCUCUUGUUCAAGACAAGGUUAUCCAUGAAAUCAGAGAUGCAACUCAAGCUAAGGAUAACAUAUGUGCCAAAGAAUUGUCGAGGUUGAUGACGGAUGAUGUGUUAGAUAGAAUGCAUUAUAUUCAUGCAGCAAUAACCGAAACUCUUCGACUUUAUCCUGCAGUUCCUACGGAUGGGAAGAUAUCAGUAGAGGAUGAUGUUCUGCCUGAUGGUGUUGAAGUAAAGAAAGGAGAGGGGAUUAGUUACAUGGCUUAUGCAAUGGGAAGAAUGACAUAUAUUUGGGGAGAAGAUGCCGUUGAAUAUCGGCCGGAAAGAUGGCUUGAUGAGGAUGGUAUUUUUCGGCCGGAGAGUCCUUUUCAGUUCACCGCAUUUCAGGCUGGGCCUCGCAUCUGCCUAGGGAAGGAAUUUGCAUACAGGCAAAUGAAAAUCAUGGCUGCUGUGCUCCUUUACUUGUUCAAAUUCCGACUUGUGGAUGAGAGGAAGGAGGCUACGUAUCGAACCAUGUUCACCCUUCACAUGGCUGAUGGGCUCCAUGUAUAUGCAUUCCCCAGGACCUAACCUGGCUGUCAACUGGGAAAAUCUUUGUUGGUUUUCAUUGCUUUUCUUUGUCAAAUAUACUCUACUUUGAAGUGAACUGUCUUAAACUCCAUACAAAAUAUAUUGAUAUAACUUGUGUACUAUAGCGAAAAAAUACAAUGGCUUUAAUGAUAAAAUGACCCCUUAACAAUA